AUGGACCCCUUUAGAUACCGUAAGGCGUAUGAGGCAAUGGUACAUACAACGCAACUCAUCGAAGAGCGUUUGCGUCAAGAUGUCCAGCCUGACGAGGAAGGCGCGGUUCAAGACGAUGCACCACAGGUUGCUUUCCAGGAGCAAGACCCGGACAGCAUGGACUGGACACCUACAGAAUCGAAUACUCCGCCUCCGGAAUGCGGACCACCGCCAGCAUUAUCUAAAAAGAUGCGCAACCUUCUACCUGGUGGUGGCGAUGGUGAUCUUCGGGCUGAAGAUCGCGGCAAGAAUGCAGUACUCUUGCACAAACUCAAAGAAGGGAAAAUAAUGGAUGAGUGUAUUGAUAAGCUGGUCCACGAUCUACCGGAUGUCUUGAAUUAUCAGAAGUCACUCUCAUUCACUCCUUCUACGAUUGAAGUGCCUAAGGAUUUUGGGCUGCAGCUCAGCAUCUCCAUAAAUCACCACCUCGCUCAGAUAGAGGAUCGCAAGGCACUGGAGAAGUACCGCAGGCUACUUGGACAUCGCAAAGAUGCGAACAAGAAAAAAACUGUUAGGCUCGGAUUCGAUCCUGUAGAUUUGAUCAAGAAGCAAGCCGUGGCCUUUGGAAAGGACAUCCCCACACCUGUCUGCACACUAGACAACAACAUACAUCCUAUCUUCCGCCUAGAAAACUGGCACGGGUGUCCGGAUGGAAUUUAUGAAGUCUUGAGACCAGCUUUGCAACUAGCCACCCUAAUGUUGACAUCUCGAGCGACCGCUCACUUCUGGCACACGUUGGUAUUUGGCAAAAGGGAGCAUUGUGGGGAAACCUCCGCAGCGUACGGCCAGCCUUGUUUUCGUAUCAAAGAGGACGUAGCAUGGGCUGAAGAGCACCAUGCGACAUUCAAGAACUUUUUGGACAAUCAAGUCGACACAGUUCAUUUCUACUUUCACCACGAUCCUCUACCACUGGAGACCGCGUACGCUUCAAUGGGUCUCGUCAAGGACUAUAAGGAAGGCUUGAUGCGAAAAAUCAAUCACAAGUGCCAUACAAGUCGCAUUUGCCUUCAUUCAGACUUCUACACUACCGCAAAGAAGCUCAGCUUGCUGCGAUAUCGUGAGCCUGCAAUGGUGCUGCGAUACAACAUGUUUCUCGCUACGUGUUUGGCGCACGAGGUUGCACACUUCUGUGAAGUGUCUGGGCCGCACCACGACCAUCCUCUGCUCUCCGAGCCUGAAGUCUUCUUUGGCGACAACAUGUGGACUGAGAGCGGGAUCUCUUUCGAACUCAAGAUUUUCGGUGGGCGCAUACAUCCUCUAUCUAGCCGGAUCGAUUGUAAAUUUGGGCUAGCCUGUCUCGACUACCCGCUUAAAGAGCUGUACGACAAGGACGACAACGUUCUAUACGCCCUGCCGAUGGACUAUAUUCUCAAGCUUCAGCAGAAAGAAACGUGGGAACAGGACUUUAGCGAGGCUGGACCGGACGUCUUCUUCGUUCCACGCACUGGUGGCCGUUCUAUCGAGAUCAACGGUACCAACCUAAUGAUCUGGGAAGAUGAGAACGACGCGGAUAUCUCCGACCAUAUUGACAACGAGGACACGGAGUGGAUGCGCAUGGACGAUGGAUCGAUCGCGAAAAACCCAAAAGCAAAUAAUCGCAAGCCACAGCGACAACCCGUGGUGCCUCGAUGGAACCCGUACAACAACCAAAAGAGGAAGCAUGUUGUCGAAACAGGGGCUCCAUGUGUGUCCAAAGAGGUGGUUGAGAUCAAAGAUCAAGGAGAGAAGGAGGAGCAGAAGUUGGAGCCUCCGGAAGACACCGAAGUAAGCAAAGGUGCUUCUGACCAAGAUAUGGUUUGA